GUUUAACUGCAAUGAAAAAAUUACAAAAAACUACUAUUUACGAAAUUGCUUAUUAUGAUAAUGUCAUGAGGUCAUAACAGAAGGAUGACAUUUAAGUAACUCUUUCCUUAUUCAUAAUGAGGAAUAAAUAUAUUGGACAUGGAUAUAAUUAACAUAGAAGAUGUUGAAACUGGUGUUCGUCCAUCUAAGAACUCUACUUCAAUACAAUGCAAUUGCAUCCACUCAAAUUCAAUAUGCUAUAUUGUUGUAACAAUUGCUACUUUAGCUCUUUUGGGUGCAAUUGUCUUUAUCUGCAGAGACUAUAUUAAAGUGCUACUCUAUUGGAUUGAACAUCAGAACAUAUGGAUCGUUACUGUAAUAUUCAUUGCAUUAUUUACAGUGGUAUCAUUCCCUAUUGUUAUUGGUUAUUUAUUCCUUAUAAUUGCUAGUGGCUAUUUGUUUGGUAUAUUAAGGGGUAUCGUCAUGGUAGUAUUAUCUGCCAAUUUAGGAAUAGCCAUAGCACAUGUUACUCUUAGUGCAUUAUCAUCAAAAUUACCUUUUCGAGCUCUUGUGCAAAAUGAUACUGCAAGAGCAAUUCUUAGGGUUAUAUCUGGACCACAAGCUUUCAAGGUUGUGUUAUUUGCAAGAUUAACUCCUAUUCCUUUUGGAUUACAAAACACCAUUUUUGCAGUAAGCAAUAUGGGUGGCAUUCAAUACCACAUAGCUAGUGCAUUAGGUUUACUGCCUGCUCAAAUUAUCAAUAUUUAUUUGGGCAGUAGUUUAAGAUCUAUGCAAGAUGUCCUUGAAGAUAGAUCAACAGCAGCAACUGGUUACAUUGUCUUCUGUUUCCAAAUUCUAAUAGGUAUUUCAUUGAUGGUAUAUGUUGUACAAAAAGCACGUAGGGAACUUCAACUGGCAUUAUUAGAAGCUGAUCUUGUCUCAAUGGCUGAUACCUCACACUACCUUCUUGAUACAUUACCAGAUACAGUUUUAACAAAUCUAAUUGCCUAAGAAUUGAAUGAAAAUUUUCCUUUUUCAUUGGAU